CUAGCAGUCAGCACCGGACAGCAGUCAAUGACUGUCCACACGCGGUGAAUGCGGUAUCUUCAGUAAGUUCUACAAAGAUCUGAAGAUGGUGGUAGCGCGCAGUGCGAUAGCGUUUGGCAUUCUUGUCGCCAUCUUGGAUCCAGCGCAUGCUACUUCCCUAUACUCCAACGAUAGACAGAUAGCCGACAACUGCUGCUCGGGCUGCAACUCCUCAACGUCUCAUUUUGGAUACACGGAGGCGACAUGCCACGGCCCCACCCAUUGGCACCAGAUCACAUAUGACUGGAGGUUCUGUGGUAGAUCCACCCAAUCACCUGUCAAUAUUGGGACCACUAGCUCCAUCUACAGACCAGAUCUAAAGGCAUUCCCACUCCGAUUCAGAAACCUUUGUCUUCGAAUUCCUGCACGUAUUCGAAACAAUGGGCAUUCGCCGCAUUUCGACACCGAGAACGAGGCUGUAGGCUUGUACAACGUGCCGGGUCUCCCUGGUCAGAAGUUUACGUUCAAUGAGUUUCACAUCCAUCUUGGAAGACGUUUACCAGAGGGGUCAGAGCACCUGGUAGACGGCAAUAAAUUCCCCAUGGAGGCUCACCUUGUGUUUUACAACGCCCGGUAUGGAGACGCCGUCACGGCCAAGCGGAGUCCCCGCGGACUGGCGGUCAUUGGGGUCAUGAUUCAGGUGGCAGAGGACGGCGAUGAAACGGAUGACGUCUAUAUAGAGCGCAAAGACAAGGACUGCGGAGCAAAGCGCCACCGGCCCUACAGCAGAUGUGUGUGUAACGACAAGAACCCUUAUUCCGCCUACUUCUGUAAAAGCUCCGGAAAGUGUAAAUGUAAAGACGACAACGACUGUCCAGGAUCGAGCAAAUGCCGGCGUAAUGACGUCAUACCAGGGGGAUAUUGUGGAAAACCGAAAGGAUGCCGCGUUCGAUUUGCUAGGAAUUUAAGUUACAUCAUGGAACAGUAUUAUGAAAAAAUCCGUUUCUACACCAAUGUUGCUAGGAGAUUAGAGGAUCGUCAGUGGGUACCUGUAACAGAAGGCAUCUCUGUGAGUGACGUAUUACCCUACGACUGGAGCUAUUUUACGUACCAAGGUUCCCUUACCACUCCGCCAUGUUACGAAACGGUCACGUGGAUUAAUAUGAGAUGUCCAAUCAAAGUUUCACGAAGGGCAUACAAUGACCUUGCCUUGGUCAGGGAUGUGAAUGGUCCACCUCUGAGGAUAUUCGGACUAGACAGGCCGCCACAGCGAGGGAUGUAUGGCGGUCCGGGCGUGACAAUCGGCCGUAAUUUCCAGUGGGACACUGUCGGAAGAGAAACAAAAUUUUGUUCUCGUAACAAAUAGCUAGACAUGUGACUAAGACAAACUUCUGCACGUGAUAUAGAUGUAAAUAUAAAUUCAGACGUAAAAUCACAUAAUUUUUCAAAACUUCAUCUGUGCAUUGCAUUUUGGUGAUGUACAUGCAUUUGCAAGACGAAUAUUGUUUUUGUUUUUUAAAAUUAUUCAUUUAUGACAUUAAAUUUUGUUACAAUUUUUUGUCUUUAUUGCACGGCAAAAUAAACACUUUAAAUAG